AUGAACGACGACGAUUACGAUAAGAACGCUAAAAAGGAUGCCACGGGGAAACUUGGCGAUAUUUAUGCUUUGAUGAACGCUUUAUUAACAUCAUCGAAUAGUGGCUACAUUAAGAAAUCUAGAAAACGAUGGACUGACAUUCGAGUAUCCAAAAAUUAUCUUGAAUAUCAAAUCAAUUUAUUUAAUCAGUAUAAAAAUAAAUUUAUAGAUAAAGUGGCCAAGCGCUCGACACCGGUCACCGUGGUUAAAAGGCAAGAAUUAAUGGAUCGAUUUUCAAUAACGCCUGGUUCGCCAUCUCAACGACAGCGAGGACUAGCUUGGGCUAAAGAUAAUAUAGGCAGCAAAAGAUUAAAAAAUGAUGUAGAAUUUAAUGAGAUCAGAAAGAAGCCAGGUCAAAUGAAUAGGCUAGAAUUUAAACGGACGUUAAUUGAAUUACUAGGAACGCAGAAAUUUAAUCGCCAAUUGGACGAAAUAUUUUCUAAGGUCGAUGUUACAUGUGAUGGCCUAGUCGACUGGGAAGAUUUUUGUACAUAUACUUUAUUACAAUAUCAGGAGCUUGAUUAUGAAAAACAUAACAGAGAAACUCCAUUUAUUGGCAAGCCCAAAUUUUUUUCGGAUCCUCGUAUGAAUAAGGAGGUUAUCAUUAGAAUAUUGUAUAUUUCAAAUUCCAAUCGAUAUGCAACCGUAUCAAAGGAUGGAACGAUUGGUGUAUGGGGAGUUGAUUUAGAAUUAGUUCAGUGUCUUCAGCUAUCACCCACUAGUAAUGAAGAAGCAAAAAAGAAAUUAAAUUUGUGGGUUACCGAUGCCGUCUACAUGAAAAAUAUUAAUAAAUUAGCUAUAUCGACGACAAGUCGGGACUUGUACUUUUUAGACACCACGACAACAACGUUAAUGAAGCAAUUUCAUUUAUUCGAUUUACCAUCUGUCCCAUUAUGCCUCGAUUAUUGGUUUGAUCCCUUAGUAUUUGAUACAAGAUCUCUUUUAAUCUAUGGUGAUGAUAUCGGAAAUGUGACAUUUUUAUACUUUAAUAAGCCUCAUGUUGCACUUUUUGAUGAUCCUGCAAAAAUAAGACGAGAUCGAACAUAUCAAAUAUUUGCCAAGGAUCUGGAUCAUCAGUCCGAAUUUGUUCAAAUGCAAGUUCUAACAGAUAUGCAUAAAGAUUGGGUUAGGAGAAUUAAAUAUCUGCCAACACAUUCCAGUAUAAUUUCCUGUUCUAGCAAUGGUAAAGAUUCCCUAGUUGUUCGAGAUAUUGAUAAGAAGAAAAAACCUUAUACAUUCCGAGUUACAAAAGGAAUCGAUUGCUUCGAUGUUAGCCUCUUAUGGAACAUUAUUGCUACAGGAAGUUCAGAUGCAGUGCGCUUAUGGAAUCCAUAUGUGACAAAUAAGCCCGUAGCGGUCAUGAAAGGGCAUCAAUUGGCAGUUAUUGAUGUAGUAAUCUAUGAAGAUCAAGGACUGGUCCUUAGUUUCGCAAAGGAAGAGUCAAUAAGGAUUUGGUGUAUUAAAGAGCACUAUUGCCUACACUCUAUCAACCUGAAGUUUCCAUUGGACGCUAGGCUACCCGAUCAUUUCUCCCAUGUUUUCUUACUGCAAGCAUCUCCAUUAAAUACUUUGUUAAUUACCUGUAGUGAUGUUAUUGCGGAAAUGAAGAUGCAAAGUUCUCAUCAAAUUGGUACCAGGCAUCGAAAUGUAGUUACUCAUUCCAGACCGUUGCGCAGUGCGCUGUAUAAUAAGAGACUUAAUCAGGUUGUUGUUGGCUGUACUAAUUCACUAGUAUCAGUCUGGGAUUUUGAGGGUGGCCAAAGGAUAAUCCAGUUUUCAACUGCUCAUGAUCAAGAAGAACUUGCUUAUAUGAGAUUUGAUGCUGAUGAAAAGCGAUUAUUGAACGCCAGUCGCAACGGAAGUAUAACGGUUUGGAAUUUUACCAAUGGCCAUUGCCUUCAUAGAUUAGAACCAGCAACCUCUGACGAAAUUACCGGAGUGGUCGAUGCCCCGGAACACAACUGCUUCAUUUCAGUUGGAUGGAGUAAAAAGAUUGUAGUGUAUGAGAAGGAUCUUACAAGUUUUCAUCUUGAUCCUCAAAUGGAAUGGAAAGGAGGCCAACUACACAAGGAGGAUAUUCUUAGUAUUGACUACUGUCCUCCACAUUAUGUAGCCACUGGUAGUUUUGAUGGGGAAAUUGUGAUUUGGCUAGCCGAUACGGAAAGUGUUUUCCGUCGUUUAAGAAAGCCAUCCAAAAGUAGUAGAAGAUCAAGUAAAAGCAACUCUGGAUAUACUGACAGUCGACAUGGACCAGGGCGCCAUGCGGUAGAGAAUUUGGCAUUUUUAAAAUCUCGAAUUCAUAUUCGAAACCCUGACUGUGGUCAUCUCAUAUCUAGCCAAUAUAAUAAAAUCUACUUCUGGAAUAUCUUAUCUUCGGAUAGUCGAGGUCUGGCUAGUUUUAGAGCAACGCAAGAACGCGGAGAUACUAUCUUAAGUAUCCAUGUCGAUUCCUACGACGAGAUCUUGGCCGUAAGCGAUAGUGGUGGUAAUGUUAGUAUUUGGGAUAUCACAAGUUUCUGUCUGCCUGAUAUUCUUUCGGAGGAUGAACCCCCAUUAUUAAUUCGGUGGAAAGCACAUGAUCUUGCUGUAGUUAGUAUCCAAUAUAUUCGCCAUACAGCAAACGAUUUCUUAUUGACGGCAUCAGUUGAUCAAACAGCAAGAGUUUGGACUGCUGGCGGGCAUUACGUUGGGACAUUUGGUCAAGCGAUUAAGUGGGAUUUAAAGGACCCUUCGACUUACCAACAUCCUAAAACUCCAUGGACUGCUUCUGAUUCACAGCUUUUAAGUAGCAGCAGAAGUUCUAUGAAUUUAAAGGAUGCUAGUAUAUAUAGUCUUGAUAAAUAUACAAACAAUGCCAAUGAUACCAUUAAUAAGAAUAAUGAUGAAGAGGUUGAAGAAUUAAUACAACAUAUACCUAAAAUAGAUUCUGCCAGGUCUGUUCUUGGCGAUCAAUAUUCAAAACAAUAUCAACGUCGAAUGGAAAGCCGCCGUCGUCGACGUCAAGAUAUGGGUGAAAUAGAUAUUAAUCGAACUGUUCGUUUUGGCAAGACUUGCUCUCCAUUUCAAGUUAUUAAAACACCGGAUAUGGAAGAAUUUUUUCUACCUCGUAAUGUACCCAUGACUCCUAACAUGCGUCAGAAAGAAGCCAGUAGGAGUUUAUUCGGAUUCGCUCAAGACAGCGUUUCCUUACCUAAUUUACAAGCCUCACUAAAUAGAUCACCAAUAUCUCCGCAACUAUCACCUCGGAAUUUUGAAUUUUAA